AUGGUUGCCGAUAUCAUGUUUGAUGACGAAAAAAGAAUUGAGAAUUUGAAUGCGAAAAUAAGAAGUUCCGUAACGGGUGCAAUCCCAAAAAAUUCUAGAGUGACAAAAUUAAAUGAUGGUAAUAUUUCUCGCUCGAAUUUAAACAAAAUCGAAGAAGAGGAGGAAGAUGACAAUGGGCAACAAUUUUCAUCAUAUGUUGCUACACCAAGACGUAUACUAAGUUCGACUAAAGCGGCAAAUAGAAAGCUAAGAACCAACUUUUAUCCUCAAGAGGAUGAGCCAGUCGAGCAAAGUAAUAUAUUGGAAGGUAAUUUGAACAUUGGUGGCAAUGAAUUGCCUCAGCGAGGUAUUUUGGCACAGAAUUAUUCUAAUGAACGAAAAGUGUCGUUUGUAAAUCCUCGUAAUGUCACGUUUGCAGUAAAUCAGCGUGAACAAGAACAAUUUUCCAACAAUUUAUCACAAAGUUCAAAUUAUUUUGCACCGGUUCCAUAUGGGAAUUCCAAUAACCCAAUAAGAAGUUUCAAUGUUCAGGAGAAUUGGCAAAAUUCCAGUAAUACGAACAAUUUCAAUCCAAUUCAAAAUUGUCAGGAUUCAGGUUUUGUACCAAAUAAUUCGAACAUACCACAAUAUAUGGGGAAUAAUUCACAACCUCGAAAAUCAUUUUUGAAACGUUUAUACGAUAUUCCAAAAUUUAAUGGUGAAUCAUUCCAAAGCUUAACUGAUUUCAUAGACACUUGUGAAACAUUAUAUAGUUCAAUAGAAAGCGAUGUUGAAGAGCGCGAAUUCUUUGAGCAAAUGAUGUUAAGAUUGCGUGGCGAAGCCAGAAACGUCAUCACUCAACUCGAAAAUUUGAGUUGGAGAGUAAUAAAAGACGCCUUGCGAUCACAUUUUGCUUAUUUGUCAAAUAAAGAUAUUUUGACAAGUCAACUUGAGAAUUUAUGUCAAGAAAAAGACGAAAGUUUGACUAAAUACGCAGAAAGAGCUAGAAAACUGUUAUUGGAAAAAAAUUCAGUCUAUAAUCAUUUAACAGAAGAGCAAAAAUCUGAGCAUAACAGAUUGGCUCGUAAAUCAUUUGCAAAGGGAAUUAAGAGUAACAGGCUAAGAGAUCGUCUGUUGACUCGUGGCUCCAACACUUUGGAAGAUGCUAUUUCUUAUGCGAUAGAAACAGAGAAUGAUGUAUUAAACAAUAUUUCGCGGAAUGAGCUAUUUUGUGGUUUUUGCCGUAUAAACGGACACCGUGAGCAGGACUGCAGAAACAAAAAUGCGCGCAAUAAUGAUUUAAAUAAAAUUAUUUCUGCUUUGCGUUUCAUGAAUGGUCCGAUUCGUUCAAAUUUUAAUAGAUUUGAUCGUUUUAACGGCUUUAAUAACCAGAAUUUCCGCAGAUUUGACAAUAAUUUUGGAAAUAAUAGACGUAACUUUGGUAAUUUCCAAAGGAAUAAUUGGAAUAACAACGGUAACUGGUCAAAUAAUAAUCGUAAUUGGAAUUUUAAUCGUAAUGAUAACAAUAACUGGAAUCGUAAUUGGAAUCGAAAUUGGAAUGAUGGUAAUAAUAGCAGCAAUAACAAUGGCAACUGGAAUCAAAACAGAAAUAAUGGCAAUUUCAACAGAUUUGACACGAGUAAUGUAAAUCGCAACCGGAACAAUGAUCAAUCUGAUCAGGGUAGAUUUAGACAGGGUCAGAAUCAACAACAAUCUGGUCGUACAAAUCAAUUUUCGAAUAACGCUGUUGCAAAAACAGAGGCACAAGCGAUUAACGUCAUUGAUUCUAAAAAGGAAAACUAA